UGGCAGCUCUAUCCCAGAAAACAGCUGUUCGACUGUUGGAUUUUAUGAAUUUGUUAUUUAAUAGCCGUGAAUGGAAAUGUGCAAUUUAAUCAAUUAAAAGCUUCAGAAUGCAGACUCUAAAAUGCACUCGGCCCUGGAGGGGGCUGUUUUUGAGCAGUUGGCGCCGCCUGCUCACCCAAAGCUGCACUGGAAAUGAGAAUUUAGAACUUACAAACGAUGUAAAACACCGGAUUGAAGGCCACUGGCGGGAUAAGCUCAGCGGUGGCCAGUUCAACCCCAAGGAGGUCCAGGACAAGUACUACGUGCUAUCUAUGUUCCCGUAUCCCUCGGGUAAUCUCCACAUGGGCCAUGUACGCGUCUACACAAUCGCCGACUCGGUGGCCAGAUUUCAGCGCAUGUGCGGCAAGAACGUGUUCCAGCCUAUGGGCUGGGAUUCCUUCGGUCUGCCUGCCGAGAAUGCUGCCAAUCAGCGCGGUGUGGAACCAGCUUCUUGGACGGAACAGAACAUUGCCCAGAUGAAGGAUCAGCUUAAACGGCUGGGCUGCUCCUUUGACUGGAACCACGAGCUGUCCACCUGCAGUCCGCAGUACUACAAGUGGACGCAACACCUGUUCCUCAUGCUGCACCGCCACGGAUUGGCUUACCAGAACGAGGCGCUCGUUAACUGGGAUCCCGUGGACAAGACUGUGCUCGCCGAUGAGCAGGUGGACGCCAAUGGAUGCUCUUGGCGCUCGGGCGCCAAGGUGGAGAAGAAGUUGCUCCGCCAGUGGUUCAUUCGGACGAGUGCCUACGCCAAGCAGCUGCUGGAUGGCCUGGAAGAUCCCACACUGCGCGACUGGCGGGACAUAAUCAACCUGCAGCGGCACUGGAUUGGGGAUUGCGACGGCCACGCCUUCACCUUGCUCACCUCCGCCUCCGGACUGCUGCGAGUGUGGACCGCCCACCCGGAGCACCUGAAGGAUCCCAAUGCCUUCCUCGUGCUCCGCAGCAAGCACCAUCUGUCGCAGCUGAAGGACGCGAGCAGCCUCAGUGUGGAGAACCCUUUUGCGGGCACCACAAUGCCCGUUGUCUUUGGCGACGAAGUAAACUUUCCAGCGAAGUGUGAUGUCUACCUGGCGGCGCCCAGUUUCAGCGACGAGGACAAGGAGCUGUGGGAGUCGUACGGACUGGCAUUCAGUUGCAACGGCGGCCAGGAGGCCACCCUUAAUCCGGGCAACUGGGAGCUGCUGAGAAAGGAGGUGCUCCAGACCGCCACUCGGCUCAAUGUGGGUGGCUAUCGGGUGUCCUCAAAACUGCAGGAUUGGCUAAUCUCGCGACAACGCUACUGGGGCACUCCUAUUCCCAUUAUCCACUGCAGCAAGUGCGGAGCAGUGCCGGUGCCGGAGCAGCAGCUGCCGGUAACACUCCCGCCUAAGGACUCACCAAAGGAAGCUUUUCUCUGCGAGUGCCCCAAGUGUGGCGAACAAGGGGCGAGGCGAGAAACCGACACCAUGGACACGUUCGUGGACAGCUCCUGGUACUACCUGCGCUACUUGGACGCCCAGAACUCUGAGCACAUCUUUGAUGCCCAGCUGGCCAACAGGUUUAUGCCCGUGGACCUGUACAUCGGGGGCAAGGAGCACGCCGUGUUGCAUUUGUAUUAUGCCCGCUUCAUGAACCACUUCCUGCACAACUGCGGCCUGUCGCCCACCAGCGAACCCUUCUCGCGCCUGCUGGUCCAGGGCAUGGUGAUGGGUCGCUCCUUCCGGGUGAAAGGCAGCGGGCGCUAUGUACCCGAAUCGGAGGUGGAGAUAGUGAAUGCCAAGAAGAACCAGGCUGUGCUGAAGGAGAACAAGGAGCCCGUGGUCAUGGGCUGGGAGAAGAUGUCCAAGUCGAAGCUGAACGGAGUGGAGCCCAGUGACAUGUUCAACGAAUACGGCACGGACACCACCCGGCUGAUCAUCCUGGCCGACGUGGCGCCCACCUCUCACCGCAAUUGGUCCAGUGCCACAUUUCCUGGCAUUCUGAACUGGCAGAAGCGCCUCUGGCUGACCCUGCAGGACUUCCAGGCGGCACGAGAGGAUACCUCCGCCCCGCAGGUUGAUGUGAACAGCGAGGAUUUCCUAGCCGACGAUGCCAAGCUCUUUGAUGCCCGCAACUUUUACGUGAAGGGAGCCACCUUCAACUACCGCCACGCCCAUCAGCUAAGCGUGGCUAUAUCCAAGAUGCAGGGUCUGACCAACUCCCUGAGGCGCACACCAAAGCACGUUUUGCGGCAUGGCAAGCAAUUUGAGCGAGCCUUCGCCGCACAAAUCAUAAUGCUAGCACCCAUGGCUCCCCAUUUCGCCUCAGAGCUGUGGUCCAAGUUUGUGGCCAUACCGGGCCGACUGAAUCCCGCCAGCGAUGAGUUGCAGUGGAGCGAGGAUGUGCUGGCCCAGCGGUGGCCGGACAUCGAUGCCGCCUACAACUUGGAUCUGAGCAUCAAGGUGAAUGGGUUUGAGAACUGUGUGAUCAAAGUGCAGCGCACGCUGCUCGACAAGGUGACGCAUAGCGAUGCCUUGGACAUUGCCUUCAAUACGGAAUCGGUGACAUCCUACCUCAUCGACAAGAAAAUAAGGACCACAAACUUUGUGCUCUAUCCGGGCAUCGAGGCAAUCCUGAAUAUCUACGUGGACAAGGCGCAAAAAACUCAGAAGCCGGCCACCACCAGCGACGAUGCGGAGGCACUGCCUCGGGCGUAGAAUUAAGUAAGUUGGGGGGUGGAUUUUUUGGUUUUUUGGAAUCUUCAGAUUACACAGGUCGACAGUUUGAGUUCAGAAAUGUAUAUUUCGGUUCUUGUUUAUGCGAUUUUUUUCAAAUUUUGUCGGCUUGUAUUAGCUGUGAACUUCAAGCUGGGCUUAGCCUGAGAAACUUGAUCUGACCAAAAACUGUAGGAAAUUAAUGCUUUUAAUACUUGAAAGAGUUACUGAGUUAGGUCAAAGAUUUGGAAUUCCCUGCUUUACAUAAUGAUAAUUUUAAACUUUUUUAUGAAAAAAUAAUUCCUGAACUCACCAAAAACUAAAAGAAAUUAGCCUAAGGUUUAAUGCUUGAAACAGUUAUUGAGUAGGGUUCAAGACUUGGAUUUAUUCUUUGCUUUAAAACUUAAUUAUUCUUUUGGAAAGCUAAAAAACCAAAAUUUUCUACAGUUUCCUAUUGUGGAUUGUGGCGGAGGAAGAUAGAAAUCGAAGGAGGAUUCAGGAGGAUUCUUUUCUUUAAAUAAUAACUAGUUUAACAUUUUUGUAUGCAAAAAUAAUUCCUUUCUCCUCUUGGAAUGCUAAACAUCCAACAUUUUAUGCAGUUUCCCAAGCAAGAACAGCUUGAAAUUCUGAUAAUUUGCUUUCAAAUCCAGCUUUGUUUCUAGCUAUUAAGCGGAGAAAUAGAUUAGAAGGACUCUGAAUAGUGGGUUAAAACCCUUCCAAAUGCAUUUCUGGUGUGGGCCACUCUAGUUUGGUACUCACUUUAA